AUGGCCGCCGUGGCCGCCGUGGUUGCUCUUGCAACUGCGGUGCCUGCUCCCGGCAACGGUACUGUUCCUGUCAACGGAACUAUUGUUCCUGUCAAGGGUCCCACCAUUCCUGUUGUCGGUGGCCCUGACACCAAAGGCCCGACCAUUCCCAUCCCUCUCGGCCCUGACUUCAACGGACCUAGCUUUCCCGUUGGCAAUGGUCCUGACACCAAGGGUCCUCACGGUGUUCAUGUUUUCGUUGAUCCCGUCACCGGUCUUAGCUCUGGCUUCAAGGGUCCCGCCGCUCGUGUCGUUGAUGGCGAUUAUAAGCCUCACCCCAAGCCCUUCCCACCUGGCUCUGGCGGUGAUUACAACCCUCGCGAUGUUCAGGAGUCUGCCGGCGAUUACAAGCCCCACCCAAAGCCGUUCCCCCCUGGGUCUGGUGGCGACUAUCAUCCCCGCGACGUUCAGGGUGAUGGACCCCAUCCAAUUGGUCACGGUCCUUCUUUCCCUCUCGGUCCCUGUGGCAAGCCUCAUGGGAUGUGUCCUCGUGAUGUCGAAGACAAGGGUCUUUGGAUGCUUAUGAAGUCAGAUGAGGAACAGCCCGAACCCACUAUUAUGUGCACGCGCCAUAUUGACUGCACCGAACCCGCGACUCGCUGCAUUGACGGCAAGUGCACUCUCAUCACUAAGCCUGUUGACAACCAUGAGCCCCGUUGGAUGCUUAGCAAGUCGGAAGACGACGCCGAGCUUGACAAAUCCGAGUUCGACCAGAACUGCAAGGUCAACACCGACUGCAACUCCGGCUCUCUCUGCCUCGGCGGAUGGUGCACCGCAGGUCACAAGGAAGAGGACGGAACCCUCGUUCUGCCCGCUCGUGAGAUCAUUGCCGAAGAUGAAGAAUUCUGGUACCUCCAGACCAGCGCCGCCGUCGACGUCCUCGACGAGCUCUCCGGCGAAGUCGAUCUUCAGAACGUCAAGAACAAGUGCCCCAAGAAGUGUGAUGGCACCGUCGGAAAACACCGGUGCUGCCCGAACCAGUUCUGCCAGCCCCCUCGCUGCCUCUGA